AUGUCCCGUUCAGUUUUUCGAACAACAAAUGAAAUACAAACAACUACGGAUCGUCGAUUUUUUGAUGGUCCAAUACCAACUAAUCGAUCAAAUGAAACAGUAUCGAUGAUUGUUCAAUCAUCACCAACAAAACUAACAAAUAAAUCAAUUGCACGAAAUAAUCCAAGAAUAAAACGAAAUUUAAGAGAUAAACGUCGAUCAACUGGUAUACGUCCAAAUGAUGUUUCAUUAGCAAGUACAUCAACUGAGGGUUCUGCUAAUGAUGAUGACGAAGAAGAAAAAAAUACAUUGACAUACGUCACUGAGCCAAUUGAGUCAUGUGAUCAUAAUCGAAAUCUGUCAUCUCCAAAGUCAAUCUUUGCAAUUAAUCGAGUUCAAUCAUCAUUUGAAAAUUUAUCUAUUCCUCGAACAGAUUCUUAUAAUAAAAGUACAUCAUCAACUAUUUAUCCUAGUACAACAACAAAAAUGUUUCGACCACAAGAAUUUAUUCUAUGUCGGGUAGAAAAACAAACAUCCGAUGAUGAAAAAUAUCGACAAGUUGAAGAACAUAUUCAUGCCCUUGAAUCACUCGUUCAUGAUAAAGAUUCGAUUAUAUAUGACUUACAACGAAAGCUUGAUAAAAUGACACACGAUUUAAAUGAUGCAGAACAACAAAUCUAUUUAUUAAAUCAAGAUAAAUUAACAUUGAUCAAAGCAUUUACUACAUUACAGGAUGAUAAAUCUACAUCAGGCGAUAUACCAAAGCGCUCAAAUUUUAUAACAAGAAAUUAA